AAUAUUUACAAAAUAUUUAGAUACACUGAAUUGUAUUAUCUAUUGUAUUAGAUUGUAGAUAUUUACUAUUUAUGGAUGUAUUCAGUAUUGUGUAUUUUCCGAAGUUAAACUUUAAAACCUCUCAAAUCUAUUUCUUAUAUUAUAUUCUAUGGUUAAAAUAUAAAUCUAAUAAAUUGAUAAAAUAAUGUCUGAUUUAGAUACAGGACCUAAAGCUGCAUCUACAGCUCUCAAACCAAUGGCUUCAAUUCAAAGGUAUGCUAUAAAUUAGAAAUAUUGUUACUUAAUAAUCACGUUAUUUCCUGAAUUUUCGAAAAAGAAAAACAUAGUUUUGGGCUCAAGCUGGUUUUAUUUUAUUAUAUUUUUCAAAUUGCAUUUUUAUGCCCUAAAAAGCCUAUAAAAACCAUAUUUAGUUUUCGUUAGUUUCAUUAAAAUGAGUUCAUUUUGAGUAGGAUUAUAAUUAUUAAGGUGGUUGGUUGAAACUUUGCAUUUUUGAUAAUCACUACAAAUAAAAAAUAUUCCAGAAUUGAUUAUGAAAAAUACUAUGUUGGUUCUUAUGAAAACUUCAGAAUAUAAAACCCUGUAGUAUAGAGUGGAUAAUGCUUAAAACUUUACAUUUAAAAAUAAAAAAACUUAUUAAUUUUUGGUGAUUUUAAGUUUACAUGACAUAUCCAAUUAUUUUAGAGUUUUUUUUUUUUAGUCACAUAAUAAAUUAGUACUUUCAUACAGUUAUGAGAUUUUGUUAUUACUUGUGUUAAAAAUUUACAUUAAAAAAAAUUUAUUUAUAUAUAUAUAUAUUUAAAAACUAUUUUUUUUUAUUACAUUGCAUAUUAAUUGUUUUUUUUAGAUCUCUUGAAAAUUCUCUUAACAAUGUUAACAAUACAUUUAACUCUGUGUUUUCUGAAGAAUUGACCAGUCGUGAUUUAUUAAGAAAAUCAUUAUCUAUUCAUAAAAAUAGUAUACAAAUGGACAGCAUGCAUUCAUCGUUAAGUGGACAGUCAUCUUUGGGAAUUCUUGAACUAGAUAAUAUGUCUGGUAAUUUGAUUAAUACUAUUAAAUGAUAUAUAUCUAUAUAUUUACACUUUCUUAAAUAUUUGUGUAAUUUAUAGAUAUCGGAAAUACAUAUAAACGAGAAACUUUUCCUAAUAAUAAUAACCAAUCUAUUUUACAACAUCGCUUAAGUCAAGCAACACAGACUAAAAAUACUCUUGCUAGGGCAAGUGCAAUUAAAAGCAUUUUUGAUAGUAUGUACAAAUGUACAUAAUAUAUAUAAAUAUUAUUAUUAUUUUUUAUACAUCAGUUUUUAUUUAAUUACUUAUUAUUGUAAUUUAUUUUUUAUUUUUUAUUUAAAGAAAAUGUAGUCGGCGAUACAAAUGUUAGAGCAUCUUUAAUAAACAUAACCAAUGCAUUCCAUGAUAUGUAAGUUAUAAAACAACUUUUGAUUUUUAGUUAAAUGUACCAAAAUUACCAAUGUUGUGUUGUAUCUAAUUAGGUUGAAAGACAAUAUUAAUAAUUCAAACAGUACGUUUUCGAGUGAUGAUUUUAUACCUGGUAGUGAAUUCAAAGAGAAUUUAAUUGAAAUUGAAGAGGCUCACCGCAAGGAGUUUGGAUCAUUAUCAGAAAGUCGAUUCAAUUUUACUUUAGAAGAAGAAAAGUAAAUUAUUGAUUAUAAUAUCUACUAUUGGAUUUGUAUUUAUUAGUUGAUCUAAUUUAAGUAAAUGAAAUGUGUUAUGUUUUAGACAGCCCAUUGAAAAUGGAUCAUUUAAUUAUUUUGCCGCUAAAAGUGUACCUGUAGAAGAUUUAUCAACAAUUUUUCCUAAGAAACAAAAGAAUAAUGAAACAUUUACAAAACGUGUCAAAGAAAUUAAUUGUUCCUUAUUAGAUCCUAAUAAUACACAACAAAACAAAGAUGGUAAAUUACAAUCAUAUUUAGUAAUUUACUGUUGAAAAAUAAUCUGUCUACAUAUAUAUAUUAUUAUUUUUACAAGUACCUACAGGUUAUCAAACAAUGUCUUCAAUUACAUCAUGGACUGAUAGUAACGUAUCUAAUAAUUUAUUAAAUUUAACAAGUUUGUCUGAUAUAUCUGAAGUCUUAUCAACAAAAACAAAUUCGUCCACAACUAAAGAAUUGACCGAAUCAUUAUUAACUAAAAGUAUUAUAAUUUGUUACAAUUUGAUAUUUAUUUAAUUUUUGUAAAUAUCUAUCGCUUGCAAAUUUAUUUAUUAAUUUACUGUCCUGUAGUAGAUAGUAUUUCUUUUAGAUAUUUUUAAAUUAAUGCUUAGCUUUAACCUGAAACUAAAAAAUAAAUUUUAUUUAAAGUUAUAAGUUAUUUUACAAUGAUAAGAGACUACAAAAAAUAAGUUUUUUUAUAGAUAUGGCCGACCCCAAAUAUUUGGGAUGAAGGUGCAGGUAAAGAAAUAGAAAACUAUAUUUUUGUAGAUAACUAAAAAUGUUACCAUGUAUAUUGUAAUUUAGAUACCUAUUAUGUUAUAAUUUGAAAGUAACUAUUUCAUAUUAAAUAUGAGUAUGAUGUGGUUGAAUGGGUAAAGACGACUGUGUAUUAAAGUAUAAUCACAAGUUAGUUUCAAUCUUAAUCACUGACAUUUUACUCUGUUAGCAAUUCAACUGUAUAGAGAAAAUAAAAAGUCACUCUAUCUGGUUUAGUCAACAAAAAUACUUUCAUUCAUUAAUAUUUGUUGUAUGUUUUUUCAUAUUACCAUAAUAUUUAAAGUUAAUUUAGUUAAUUAAUCAAAAUAUAGAUAAAAUUGAAUAUAUAAUACUCUGAUGUUAAAUCAUGUCAUUUUAAUUAAUGUAAAUAAAUAUUUCUAUAGUAUAAUUUUUAAAUAAUAUUUGUCCACACUAAAAUUUUACUUAAUGUCUAAAAAUUUGUUUAAUUUCCUUUACACAAACAAUAUAAUAUUUUCCUAAACUUCAGAAUUUCUCCAAGUUGGACAUAGAUAAACAAUAUUUUGUAAAUUAUCUUUUUUUAUUUUUGGAUUUUUUUAAAGCACCAUAAAUAUGCAUAUAUAUUUGAAAUUUUAGGUUUGUCUGGUGACAAACAAUUGAAUGAACCUACACAACUUCUUCAAAGGCGAUUUUCUACUUCUACUAGAUUCUCUAAUGCUUCGCAAAAUCUUGAGCAUGCAGAAUUAUGUAAAUUUGUAUUCUUCACUAUUCUUCGCUUUUAUGUGUUUAUUUUUUCUCAACAAGUAGAUUCUAUUUUAACUUUUCAGCUUUUCCAUCUAUACAAAGUUUUAGAUCAAUUUCUUCCCAGAAAAAAAUUUUAAAUAUGGAUGAAACCCAUUUACAACAAAAUAAAUCUAUUAAUCCCAAACAGAAAGUUAAAAGUUUGAAAAGAGAACACUGUUUAAAUAAUCAAUUUCAGUAUACAAGAAAUAAUAACAAUUUAUCUAAUCAUUUUGAUAAGUAAAUAUAUUAUUUAUUGAAUUACUAUUUUACAAUAAUAAUUAUUAAUAUAUCAUUUUUUUUUUCAGGAAACAAACAAAAUUACAUGUUAACUCGGUUGGUAAUUUUAUUUUGACACCUAGAAGUGGAUAUUUUGAAGACUGCAAAUCGGAAAUAAAUAUAUUGGAAAACAAUAUUGAUCUAUCUAGUUUUUCUAUUUUAUCUAACAAUCCUGAUUGUUUCACUGAAAUGUCUUUAAACAAAUCUGCAAAUGUUUCUAAAAUUGUUUAUUGCAAUGAAGCUUUAUGUCAAGAUAAAUUGAUUCGACCACUUGUUCAAGACAAUAGUAAGUUAUUAAUAUAAAUUAAGUAUUUAAGAAAUAUUAAAUAAUACUUAUAAUAGUAAUAAAAUCUAUUAAUAAUUAAAUUAUAAACAUUUUUGUUUAUUAAAUUCCUUAUAAUUUAAAAUUCUAUUAAAUAAUUAUGUGUUGAUUCAAUAUUUCUACAUAAUUUUAAUACAAAUUUCUGUGGUGGAAAAAUCUAGUACUAAAUCAAUACCAUAAGUUUCCAUAAAACAUUUAAACAUUUACUGGGAUAAAAGGCUGAAAAAAAUGGAUAGUUAUAAAGAAUCUAAUAUAUAUAUUUUCAAUUUUUUAUCAUUUGAUUAUUAAAUCCAUGAGAUGUAUUAGAAAAUUGUUUAACUGUGAUAUGUUUUUUGUGGAUAAAAUGUAAAUUUUAUUAUAAUGGUGAUCAUAUUUGAAGACACUUAAAAGAAAAUAUAUUUAACUGCACAUAAUGUUCAAUGAUUUUUUAUAUUUAAAGGGAAAACUUGUGAUGUGCUUGAAAUUGGUGAUAUAUGUAUUGGUGCUUACUCUCAAGCUGUAAUUACACUGGAAAAUCAAUUGACCGUUGAUGCUAAAUAUUCAUUAAUUUUAUUAGAUGUGUCACUGGACAACACAAAAAAUAAUGCAUUUGUUGAAAAUAAACCAACUGGGACAAAUAUUGCUACUGUUCUUUGCUCAGAUAAAGUUCAAAUUAUACCUUCUUUAUCGGAAGCUUCAUUUACUGUAUGAGUAAUAAAAUAUCUAACAUUUUACUUUAUUAUGUGUAAUAUAAAUCAUUUUUUUUUUAGAUUGGUAUUAUUCCUUUAAUUUCUGGAAGUAUAAGUGUUUAUAUAAAGCUCAAAAGUAAUGAUUUAUCUCAAGAAAUCUUUCGAAACAUUCAAAUUCAUUCAAUUGAGCCACAAGUUGUUAUUAUUUUUAAAUAGCUUGUCUUAUUAUUCAUAUGAUCAUAAACAAUAUUAAUAUUGUAUAAUUAUAGGUUGUAUGGGUUAACAACUCUUUUGGCUCUAUAAACUUUGGUUUAUUACCUGAGCUAUCAAAAAAGUCUCUUCCUAUCAAAUUGUUAAAUAAAGGAGCAUUCCAAGUUCCUAUUAAAUUAAUUUUAAAUCAGGUUUGUUUAACAAAUUAUUUUAUUUUACAUAUAGUUAAGAAUCAUUAUAGUCACGGACUAAGAUAUACUGGACUGAAAACGAAAAAGUUGUUGGAGUACAGAGUUUGGGCUGAAUGUGCAAUCCUUCACUGUAUAACUGCAUAUUUUGCACCAUCUAUUUUUGCCCAUCUCUUCCAUAAGCUACAUGUGCAAAUAUCUUGUACCUUUGUGUAAUGUGUAUACUUUUAAAAAGUUUUUCAAAAUGUCUUGGCAAUAUAUCAUAAAAAAAUGUACUUCAAAAAGUACUUUAUUCAAAGCUCCAAAAGAAAAUUAUAUUUUAACAGCUUGGAAUCCACCAUUUUAUUUGGUUUAAUUUAAAUUAAAAUGUAUAUUAUUUUGUAAAUUACAUUACAACAAGUAUUUAUGAUGGUAAUAUAUUUUGCUUAAUGUUUCUAUGAAACUGAUUACCUAUUUUAAAUUUUUGAAUUAGGUAUAAGUUUAAAAUCCUUUCUUGAUGCCUGCCUAUAUUUGUUAUAUUAUCAGUUUUAUGUUAUUAAUAUAAUACUAAAACAUAAUAAAAAGUUAUAGAUUUUAAUAAUUUAGUCUAAAUGCCUAUUUACUUCAAUAUUGUUAUGUAUCUAAUUUAAAAUAAUUCUUAGUCAAGUAUGUUUUAUAAAAAAAAGAAUUAGAAUAAAAUAUACAAUAAAGUCGGUUAAUUAUCUAAAGUAUACAAAUGACAAAUUAAUUUAAUUUUACUAAUGUACCUAGAUGUCAUUAAGGUCGAUGUUGUAUCAGUUAGUGUUGUACAUUGAGUCCUCCAAUAACUGUAUAUCUUAGUCCAUUAUUAUAAUAUUAUAAUUAAGGCUUGGAACUUUGCAUUUCAAAUCCACAGAAAACAGUUUAAAAACGUCAAAAGAGUUUUAUAAUAAAUUUAAAAAGCAUUAAAAACCCCAGAGGGUUUAAAAUUUCCACUCCAACCAUCUUAUCAUUAAAUGCAAUUUUCUAACACAUGUAAUUUUAUUUUUUUAUAAUACUUACAAUAUUAUUUAAAAACUUGUAUUUAUAAUUUGUGUAGUGUUCAAAAAUUAUAUUUUUAUAAUUUAGAGCCAUUAGAGAGAGGGGGAGGCUUUUAAAAACACUACUUGACAUUUUUUUGUGGAUUUUAAGUGCAUAAAGUCCCGAACCCUAAUUAUAAGUAUAACCAUUUGUUCAAUACAUUAAAGUUUUUUUUAAAAAAAAAAAAAUUUGUUGCCAAAAUCCAUUUUAUAAAUGUAUUUUGAAACAAAAGGUUAGUGUUACAAAUAUUUAUUGAUGCUGAAUCGUUAAUUGUCUUCUGUUAUUUUUAGUUUACAAUAAUAAUUUAAAUUGUUUUCAUCACCACUACUAAAUAAUAUAAAUAGACUAUUUUGUUUAUUAAAAAUAUUUUUGUAAACUUCAAAAAUUGUAGAAACUUACUAAAUCAUCAUUUAUAAACAUUAGUAAAACCAAUAUUUGGUUUUAAAAUACAUUUAUAAAUGUUUAUCUUGGAUUUGAGUAAAUAUAAUUUUUAUUUUAUUUUAAAAUAAAUAUAAAAUAGAGAAAUUUUAGUGCAAGUCUUUUGAAACUAGCACCAAAAAUAAAAAUAAAAAGAUAUGGACAUACUAAACAAGGUGAAUGGGCCACUGUGGUGGUAGGUGAGAAGUUUAAAAGUUAGAGUGGUAAUUUAAUAUAUUUCUGUACUCAACAAUUAACCAUUGCUAACGAAAAACGAUUCUUAGCAGAGUUUGGUUAAUAGUGUUGAUUUGUCAGUAAUAUAUAUCUUAUAUUAUGAUCAAAUAAUUAUGUAUGCUUAUAUAUUUUCUUUAAUAAUAUUUGUUUAAAUACUGUACCUAUUUUCCCUUUCUUUCCAUUAUUUUUCCCAUUUAUUAUUAAAAUAGUUGGGAAAAUCAAAAAAUGAUGCUCAGAAUCUAAAUAAUAAUAUUAAUAUAUGUUAAACAGAACAAGUUAUUUACGUUGUCAGGUGUUGUACCCUUUAUUUCUAUGAAUUUAAUGUUUUAAAGUAAAAACUUUAACCAAGAGAUCUUGUAUAUGUAUUAUAAUGCAAAUAUAUCUUAUCUUCAUCUAUUUUAGGAUCAAUGUGAAGAUAUUAUUCAAGCUAAAGGAAUUAUCAAUCCAUCUGAACUGUGGCAAUGUGAUAUUAACAUAUUAACACCAAGCUUUACAACAAAUAAGUGUAAGACAAAGUUAAUAACUGGUCGCCUUCAAAUAGUAUUAGAUUCUGUUGAAGAAUUGUCACAGAAUUAUUCACCAUUGUUGUAUUGUUCAAAUUUAUCUGGAAGUGUUGGUUGUACAUCUAUUUCUUUUGAUCAGAACCCUUUAAUGUUGAAAAAAACUGGACAUUCUACAUUAAAUGGUAUUUUAGAAAUCUCUAACAAUAGUGAAUUACUUGUUAAUUUAUCUGUACAACAAAAUAAUAAACCAAGUCCAGAAUUCACUAUUCAACCUGAUCGAUUUCAAUUGGCUGUUAAUGAAAAAAUUAAAAUUAAAAUUGGAUGCUUAACAUCCAAGGCAUAUAGUUUCAAGUAAUUUUUAUGUCUUAUAUUUAUUGAUAAUUUAUUGUUUCACUAUUUUUAUUUUUUAUUACCAUUUAGGGAUUCCAGCAUUUGUGUACAAGUUGUAUCUUCCCAAAAACAGUUUUUUAUUAAAGUCAAAUAUAUUGAAUCUAAUGGUAAUAUUCUUAUUUCCAUUAAUAUUUGUAUUUGUAUAGAGAACAAUACAUUAAAAUGUAUUUAAUUUUGUUUUAGUUGAAUUCCAACCAACAGGUUCACCAACUUCAAGACCUCAAUCACCAUGGAGUACUAGUUCAUCCAGUGCAGGUAUAUUUUUAUUAAAAUUAUAUAGUAUUUUGAAUUAACUUUAAUAUAUAAACAGUUGGACAAUUGGAGUUGGAAUCUACUUGUUCAAGUCUAAUAUGGGGAUGUGUUACAUCAAAUACCAAAUCUGUUCAAACAUUUACUUUGCGUAACCGUGGUUCACAUAAGGAAAAACUUCUUUUGAGUAUUAAAGAUAAUAAGAAUUGUUUUAAGGUAAUUUUUUUUUAUUAUUAUUAUGUAUAAAAAUAUUAUUAAUUUUAAUGUUAAAGUUGAUAUCUCCUGGUGAAAAUCAAGUGUCAGAAAUGAAAUUAUUAUUAGAAUCCAUGGAAAGUCAAAAAUUAAGUAUAGCAUUAAUAUCAACUUCAAAUGAAGGUGAGGCCUAUGGUCAAUUAAUUUUACAGAGACAACAUAGCAGCGAAAAACGAGUGGUGAGUAAAUAACUUGUAUUACAUAUGUAUGUAUAUUUAUCCCUGUAGGAAGAGAUUAGAAUACUAUUAUGGCACCUCUACCUGUUGUAAGAGGCGACAAAUGGUCGUUAGGUUGACAGCAAAGGUAAAAUAUUUUCAAAUAAAUUGAAGAGUACAAAACAAGGUUUGUUCAAAUUUUCCCAUUUUAGAUGGAUGUGUUUAUGUAUGUAAAAAAAAUAAAUAAGAAGAUAUGUAACAUAGAAUUAUGUAUAUAAACUAUAUAGAGUAUGAGUUUAGAGGAACAGGACAAGAGGUUUACAAAACAAGACAGUUAAUGACAAUAAGCGGUGACAAUGCACUUUUAUGAGGAUGUGAUACAUAGGGUUAUAUGUAGUUGGAUGAAGUAGAGAGAAACAUCAGGUGUUCUAUGUGAAAAAAAAUAUUAAUGAGACUUAAAAUUAAAUUCUACAAGAGUGUGUGAGACCAACUAUGUUGUAUGGUUUGAAUUGUUGGGCAGUAAACAGAAAAAUAGACUAGUGGAGUGAUGAGGGAAAAUAGGAUAAGGAACUAGUAUAUAACAAUUAGCAUAGGCUUUGAUAAAAAAAAAAUAUGAGAGAAAAUAAAAUAUUGAACCAUGAUAGUUUGGGUAUGUUAUGAGGAGAGAAAAAUCGGAAGCAGUCAGAAUGGUAAUACAAAUAAAUGUAGAAGAAAAGAGAGGAAGUGAAAGGAAGUGGUUGGAUGCGAUAAAGAAUAAUAUCAGGACUCUCGAAAACAUACAGUGUAUAUGAAGUGGGAGAUCGGGUCAAGUGCAAGGUUAGAACGAAGGUGAAUUAAUUAUGAUGAAGAUGAACAAAAAGACAUAUAUAUAUAUAUAUAUGGCAUAACAGGACUAUUAAACAUUUUUGCAUUGUAGUUACAAUGCAAAAAUGUCAAAUAGUCCAGUGAUAUUUGAUAUUUAAUUAAAUACAUUUUUUUUCAUAUAAUAUUCAUAUGUCUAAUAUUUAGCUUUUUUUUUUCAUAAAAUUGAAUAUGGCUUAUACAUUUAUAAUAAUUGAUCAACUUACUAAACUGUUUAAAAUGUAUAUGUAUAUAUAUAUUAUAAUACAUUAUACUUAAUAUGUAUCAAAAAAUAAUAUUUCAGUACUUAUUUAUUUUAAUUUUUUGUUUUCUUGUCUAGAUUUCAUUAUUUGGUUAUUGUGGUCGAUCAAAUGUUAUAAUUCAUGGUGCUUUUGAAGAUAAUUUUGGAAAUAAGUGGCUGUAUCCAAAUCCUCAAUUUAUGACAGCUCAAUUUACUGUAACUAACUCUGGAAAUACUACUGCAUUUAUAAAAAUUGAUCAAGGUAGUAUUUUAUUUAUUUUAUUGUUUUAUUUUUAGUUUAUAUUAUAACAGCCUAAAUAAUGUAUUAGACAAUUCGUUAGAAGAUAUAAUUCAACCAAAUGAGUUUAUAUUGAAAAAAGGAGAAACCACUACUGUAGAGGUUUCAAUAGUUAUGAGUCCUGAACGGUUAGAAAUGUUAGUUGAACAAGAUUCUAGUUCAAAAAAUAUCAAUAUUAAUAAGAUAUCCUUAAUUUAUGGUGAUGAAGUAUCCCGAGUACGUGUAUCAAGGUUAGUUUAAUGAAUUUAUAUAGAUGUUAAACAUAAAUGUUUCUCAUUAUUAUAUACAUCUUUCAUAGACUUUGGAACAAAAUAAAAAAUGAAAAAAAAUCUGUUUAUCCUGACCAACAGCGUUUAGAUGAAAUAUCAAAUAUGUUUAAUGGCGUUAAUUUUGUCAAUGUAAAUUGUCUUGAAGAUUCUGAGGUAAAUAAAAAUCAUUAUUUUUAUAAUUAUCUAUCUUAUAAUUUUAUUUACGUUUAUACACAUAUCAAUAGGAACUAAAAGCUCAAUUUGACCAGUACACAAUAUCUAUUAUUUAUUGAUUAUUUAAUGCCUCAGUUUUAUAUAUUUUCAGUACUAUAAUAUAAAUGUUUAGAGUUAAAAUUUAGUUACUUAAAAUCUCAUCCAUUAUGAUGUAAUAAAGCAAUUUAUUUAAAUAUUUAAUAUAAAUUCAAUGACUGAUAAAAUAUUUAAAUUUUUAUACCAGUAUAUAAAUAUAAUUGAAGUUAGAAGUUAAAAUAAAUAUUUGUUCAUAGAAAUCUUUGUGUAAGCUGUGGAAAAUGGGAAUACAUGAAGACAAAAUUAUAAUUUUGAUGGAAAAAAGUAAUUUAGAAUCAUUAUUAUGUGAUACGACAAUGGUAUUCAGUGAACUAGAUACAACUGUGUAAGUACAAUUAUAUUAAUAUGUGUAUAUUUAUAUAUAUAUAGGUUGCCCUAUAGUGUUAUUCUUAUGCUAAUAAUUUUGUCAAUUUUUAUAUAUUUUUUUUUCAAUCGAAAACCAUAGUAUAACCUUGUAUAUGUAUAUGGUAAAAUCUUAAACCAUAUACUAUGCAUAGAGCUAUUGCCUAAAUAUUUGAAGCAAACACAACUAAGGGAAGUUGGGACAGAUGUGCAUUGACAUUAUAUACAUCAAGUCCAAUUGGUCAAAUUCAUGUAAUCACCGCCUGGUGGUAUUAUAAUGAUUUACGAUAAAUAUGAUAAUUACACUGAUAUGCAUGCACAUUAGAUAUAAGUCCCCUUAACAUUCGUUAAUAAUGAUGUCUUCAACUCGUAGGAUCAUGCAGUAGCUCUAUCCAUAGUAUAUGAUCUAAGAGUAAAAUAAGCAUUCAAAAUAGUAUAUUUAAUGUGUAAGUUUUUUCUAUUGUACAUCUUGUGGUACACUAUAAAGAAAUAUUUGUGUAACAUUUUAUUAACUAUAUAGUUACGUAAAUAUUAAUAGAUUAACUAAAGAUGUUUUUCUAUUAUGUAGUUAUAAUUUUUCAUGCCUUUUAUAAUAAAUGUACCUAUCUAUAUCUUUUUAAUAUUAUACUUGCAUAAAAAUUGAGUGUCAAAAACAUUUUCAGUUACCUAUUAGUUUUACACAUUAUGCUUACAGAAUUGACACGUUCUCAGACCUGCACUAGUUGAUCAUAGUGGUGUUAAAAACAUUUUGGAAAUCCAUAUACAUCACAUCAAUCUAAUUAUAACAUUUUAUUUUUUUUUGAUAUUUUAUUAUUUUUACUAUAAAUACUUAUAUAAAUUUAUUUUUGAUGACAAUAAUUAUUGUAUGUUUUUUAUAAUUAUUUGUAUAAUUUUUUUUGUAUUAAUAUUUGUAAAAUUUAAUCAAUUAUUUUGUACUUUUAUGAUCUCCUAAGAUAAAUAUUUUAUAUAUUGUGCAUUUUUUUUAGUAAUAAUUAUUUUUAUAACACUAUUAUGAAUAUUUUAAAUACAAAUUUGUAAUUUUGAUUU